CCCAAACGCCCGGCCGCCAAUGGUCAGUAACAAAAGAUGAAGUGUUGGGAGAAACUUGGUUUUUGGACCUACAGUCGGUAUGCAAAACAGAGGUAUUCUAGUUGAGAAGCUCAAAGCUAAAAUCACUGCAGCACCUGACGGAAAUUACCCAAUUUAUUGUAAUUUGAGUAUCAUUGAACUCUGAACAUGGAAGAUAAAGAUAUAAUUGACAGUGGAGAGAAACUGUACACAUGUUCUGUGUGUGGACGAAGUUUCAACCGAUCAUCUGGCCUGUCGAGACACAAAUGCAGUCACAAUGGGGAAAAGCCCUGCAAAUGUGUGGACUGUGGAAAGGGAUUUACUUACCCAUCUCAGUUGGAAAUGCAUCAGCGCAGUCACACUGGGGAGAAACCGUGGAAAUGUGGGGAUUGUGGAAAGGGAUUCAAUUAUCCAUCCGAGCUGGAAAUUCAUCGGCGCAGUCACACUGCAGAAAAGCUGUUCACCUGCUCUGAGUGUGGGAAGGAUUUUGCUCACUUUCACACCCUACUGAUACACCAGAGAGUUCACACUGGGGAGAGACCGUUCACCUGCUCCAAGUGUGGGAGAGGAUUCAGUACGUCAUCCCAUCUAUUGAUACACCAACGAGUUCACACUAAGGAGAGACCUUUUAAAUGUCCAGAUUGUGAGAAGCAUUUUAAAAGUUCUGGGGAACUGAUGUCCCAUCAACGUGUUCACACUAAUGAGAGACCGUUCAGAUGCAUUGCAUGUGGAACUAGAUUCAGGCACUCAUGCCAAUUAACUGUACACCAGCGAGUUCACACUGGGGAAAGACCAUUCGCCUGCUCCACGUGUGGGAGAAAGUUCACUCAAUCAUCCGACUUACUGAAACACCAACGGGUUCACACUGACAGGAGACCUUUUAAGUGUGCAGACUGUGGGAAAAGCUAUAAAAGUGCUGGGGAACUUCUGUCCCAUCAAAGAACUCACACUGAUGAGAGACCAUUCAUGUGCUGUCACUGUGGGACUGGGUUCGGGCGAUCAUCUCAGCUCACUGAACACCAGCGGGUUCACACCGGAGACAGACCAUUCACCUGCUCAGUGUGUGGCAGUAGAUUCACUCGGUCGUUCAACCUGCUAAGACACCAGCGACUUCACACUAGGGAGCCACCGUUCACCUGCUCAGAGUGUGGGAAGGAAUUCACUUGUUCAUCCACUCUGCUGACACACCAGCGAGUUCACAUGCACUGAUGUUGUUUAGGGAAGAAUGGCACAGUUGCAUUUAAAGAUGAAGACUGUCCUGAUAAGCUGAGUUGAAGGAAAGUAAGGCUCAGAUGAAACAUGGCUUGGUGAAUCCUGCACCUCCUAAACUGUCUGUCUUUCCUUUGAAAGGUGCAACAACAACUGCAUCGUGGAGAGUUCUCCACCAGGUGGUGCUGACAGCACAGUUUACCAACACAGCACAGAUCAAGAUGUUCUGAAACAGGAAGCCAACAUCACACCGUCAGAACAGUAUCUACAAACACAACUUACUGUCUUUGAGAUGUUGUCCAUCCUUUCGCAUAACACCCCACUGUUUCUAAAUAACACCUUUAGUCUUCAUGUGAUCUGUGCAUUCGUAGAACUGUCAAGAAUGCAACUGAAAAUUGUUUGCAUGUUUCAUGUUUGUAACAUAACACAUUCAUUAAGUUAAAUAUGCCAGCAAUUUUUUGCAAAGAGUUUCUUUGUCUUCAGGUUUUGCUUUUACUGAUUUCAUUAGUAUUAAUUUCCUUGUACAUGCAAGCUGGCACCAAUCGAGGUAAAGGAAUACGAUCUCGUAGCCGUUAUGGAAACAAGGAGAUCAAAACUGGGAACUUUUCUUUCAGGGAUAUUUAACCUUUUGGACAGAUGGGAGGGAUUAAAAAGGUGGUGGAGUAGCACAGUUAAUAAGAGAUGCAAUAAGGACAGUUGCAAGAGACGAUCUAGGUUCAGAUGAUGUAGAUCUAUUUAGGCGGGAGGAAAGAUUCCAAGAGAAGGACAAACCAACAAUAGCUGACCGUGGUGAGAGCGAGAGCAGGCAACCCGAGGUGGCUCGCGGCGAGAGUAUGUUCAGGCAGUCCCGGGGCAGUCGGUGGUGAGAUCCUAGUCAGGGAGCCCUGGGUGGCUGGCAGCGAGGGUGGGAGUGAGAACAGGCAGUCCAGGACAGCAGUGGGGAGCAAGGUCAAGCCCAGAGCGGGGGAGGCUGAGCCCUUGUGAGGAGCGCGAGCCCAGCAGGGCCAGGCACUUAUGGACUGUGGUGUUGAACUUUCUCUUUAUGUUUCUAAAUUUUAGUGAGAAGGACUGUAAUGUUUAACUUUUUAACUUUGUUAAUCUUUACCUAGGUACCUUCGUACCUAAGAUGGCACCAUAAAUGGCGAUUUGUAAACUUUUUACUGUACUCAUGUGAUUACAUUUGACAAUAAUCCCAAUCUAAUUCAUUCAUUUCACACCUUCUCACAGUGAGUGACUCCGCUGUGGAGUUUUCCAUUUUUUUUUUGUUCAGUUUUCCAAUCUUUGUGAUAUUUCUCCUUUUGUCUGUGCGACAACAUCACCUCACUGUGCUGUCCCGGUUAAAUCAGUGUAAAGGAAUCCCCAACUGAACCUACCUUUUACGGUUAAAUUGUGUUACAGUCUUACAGUUAUGCGUUACUUUUUUGAGGAUUAUAAAGUUGGUUCGUUUGAACCUGUCUGUUUAAUUUUGAGUAAAACAGAUUAAUGAAGAGUCUCAGGCAUCUUAUUCAGAUGAUAACCUUGGUUCAGUUGCUAUGGGAACAUGAAACCCAAGUCAAGGAACUUGUUGGGCUGAGUGUAUACUUUUCUCAGCUGGGGCAAACAGCCAAGGCAACUAUAUUAAUAAAAAAUAUGACAA